CCAUCUAUCACUUCAGGUGAUGUCCAGACAAACCCAUCUAUCACUUCAGGUGAUGUCCAGACAAACCCAUCUAUCACUUCAGGUGAUGUCCAGACAAACCCAUCUAUCACUUCAGGUGAGAUCCAGAGCGCAGAUUUAGCUGCGGACAAGGACGUAGAUUUGGAUCCACUACAGCAUCCUGAUAAUCCACACCCCUUUAUAGGUGAAGAUGUGGUGGAUGUAUCGAAGGAGAGAUCUCUGGAUACACCACACGUUGCUGAUUGUCCAGUAAUUAUUGGUGAACAUGGUGAUGACAAACUUCUGGACAACAUGGGUGAAUCUCAGGACAGCAGGGGUGAAUCUCAGGACAACAGAGGUGAAUCUCAGGACAGCAGGGGUGAAUCUCAGGACAAAAGGGGUGAAUCUCAAGACAACAUGGGUGAAUCUCAGGACAGCAGGGUUGAAACUCAGGACAGCAGGGGUGAAACUCAGGAUAUAGAGAGUAUGCCAAACAACAAUCAAGUGAUGACGCGACAUGAGGCAGAUGACGUAGUUGAGGAUGGUGACGUGGCCAUGGUCAUCUCCAUUGAAACAACAGAUGACUUUGAAGAUGACGGUAAGUUUAUAUUACAUGAUUUCAACCAUCUUUUGAACAGGAUGGUAGGUUCACAUGAAAUCAUUUCAACCAUCUAUCGGACAGGAUGGUAGGUUCAAAUGAAAUCAUUACAACCAUUUAUUGGACAUGAUGGCAGGUUUAGAUUAAAUAAUUUCAAGCAUCUAUAGGACAUGAUGUUUGCUCUAAAAAAUUAUCUUAACCAUAUAUUGGAUAUGAUUGUAGGUUACAUAAAGGAUUUCAACCAUCUAUAGGACAUGAUUGCAUGUUAAAUAAAAUGGUUACAACCAUCUAUAAGACAUGAUUGCAUGUUAAAUAAAAUGGUUACAACCAUCUUUGGCGCAUUAUGGUAAGUGAUUGACGUGAAAGCAUGCUGUAAUGAUUGAUUUAUUUAAUAGCAGACAAUGACAACAAGAACGAGAACUCUACCCCUGUUGUUGAGCUACUACUGGUUAAGCCCCCAGCCCCUUGCGAGGGGAGGGAAGACUUAGAGGACGUUCAUUACCCCAAAAGUGACGUCCCCUGCCAGUAAGUUUGUGUCCAUAUUUUGUUGAUAUAUUAACAUUUAAUAUAUUCAACCUUUAAAAAAAAAUAUCUUAAAACUAUUCACAUUUGAGACGGUAUGAAACUAUUCACUUUUUGAGAUGUAUGAAAACUGUUCACUUUUUGAGACGUAUGAAAACUGUUCACUUUUAAGAGGUAUGAAAUCUAUUCACUUUUUUAAGAUGGAAUAAGGACGGAUUUGUUUGUUUUCCAAGAAUAUACAUUGCUUCCUUUUCAAAAAACAAAAUUAAUGAAAUUUGUAUGCUAAUAAUAGAUUUCUCUCGUCAAUUUAAAGCUCUAUUUUUAUUUGCUUUAAUGAAAAUCAUUUGGUCUAGAACAAAAGGAACCCACAUAUUAUCGUCUCCUUGCCCCAAUCUAAACAAUUGUCUUACUUUUGAUGCAGUCUGGUGCGUCUAAAUUAACCAGACUAGGGACUUUAAUUGAUGUCUUACUCCCAUAUAUAGUUAUUCUAGGGCCCCUUACAAUCUAACCCAGUGGUCGGCAAAUCGUGGCUCGUAAGCCAUAUGCGGCUCAUUAAUGACCUGAGUGCGGCUCUUUAAUGCCCUGAGUGCGGCUCUUUAAUGACCUGAGUGCGGCUCUUUAAUGACCUGAGUGCGGCUCUUUAAUGACCUGAGUGCGGCUCUUUUUUGACCUGAGUGCGUUGCGGCUCUUUAAUGACCUGAGUGCGGCUCUUUAAUGACCUGAGUGCGGCUCUUUAAUGACCUGAGUGCGGCUCUUUAAUGACCUGAGUGCGGCUCUUUAAUGACCUGAGUGCGGCUCUUUAAUGACGUGAGUGCGGCUCGGCCAUCGCGGCCAAAAUUCAGAUUUGACUCCGAAAAAAAAUGGUUCUUGACGGGUUAUGAAAAUAAAUUUGGCUCUCAACAAUUUUGUAACUUGCUGCUGAGUUUUGGCUCUCAACAAUUUUGUAACUUGCUGCUGAGUUUUGGCUCUCAACAAUUUUGUAACUUGCUGCUGAGUUUUGGCUCUCAACAAUUUUGUAACUUGCUGCUGAGUUUUGGCUCUCAACAAUUUUGUAACUUGCUGCUGAGUUUUGUCUCUUUUGACUAAGUAGUUUGCCGACAACUGGCCUAACAUAAUGCAUCAAUUUACUCAGCCUAAGGCCGUCAUUUUCUUGGUCCAGGUACAAAGAGGGUGUUGGGUCAUUUAGUCCAAGAACUAAUACAAAUCUUAUCCCAAAUGACGUCAUAGAAUAUUUGGACAGAAUGAAGCAAGAAAACGAGGAUCUGAAGGUUAGUCACUUUCCAUUUUGUCAUGUUCCAUUUUGUCAUCUUCCAAUUUGUCCUCUUCCAGUUUUUCCUCUUCCAUUUUGUCAUCUUCCAUUUUGUCAUGUUUCAUUUUUGUCAUCUUCACUUUUGUCAUUUUCCAUUUUGUCAGGCUCUAUUUUGUCAUGUUCCGUUUUUGGCAUGCUACUUUACGAUUCAAAUCGAAAAAAAAUUAAUUCCGACGAGCAAUAUUUAGUAGAAAUCAUAUUUAGAGAUUAUAUUUAGAGAUUAUAUAUAGAGAGAUUAUAACAAUAUUUAAGUGUAAUAGAAACUGCUUGUAGUUACAUAAAAAGAGCGGAAUGACACUGUUUAAACAACAUUUUGUGUACUUUAGCUGAGGCUCGCAGGGAAAGAUUACGACUUGGAGAUGUUAAAAAAACUGACCAAUGCUAGUAGUGAGAUCAUUGCUAAUAAGGACAAAGAAAUUUACUUCCUCCAGAGCGACUUGGAGCUGAUGAGAUGCAAUUUAUCAGCAGAUCAAAAUAAGGACACCCAAGUAAUACAACAUUUAUAUUGUACCGGUAGCCAAGUAUAUUUGUUGUCUUUAGAACUAGAAGAUCAGUAACCGAGCCUAAUAUAUUUAUCGUCUUUAGAAGUUGGCUCUAUUCAGCUUAAAAAAAAAAUAAAAAUAUGUAAUUAAUAAUUUGAAAGUUUAUAGUGAUUUCGUUCCGGAAAAAGCUUCAAGAAAAUAACAUUUUUAAUUAAAUUUUUAUAUUACAGUGUUAAAUUACAAAGUUAUAUAACGAUGAUACGUUACAAUUUUUGGGAUGGGAGAAAACUCUAGGAACUCUAAAUCGAAUUGUCCCUUCUCAAACGUAAUUGUUCAAUUAGUCUUCUUUUUGUUGACCUCUUUACAAUUACAAGAUAUGCCAAUUUUAAAUUUGGCAUAUCAGCAUUUUCCUCCCUAGUUAUUUCCCUCAUUUGUGCACAAACUCUUCCCUUGAACUUAGUGACUCAUCAUUUUACAAUCAUGUUAUCAGUGGCGCACCUUGACUAAAUGCCCCCCCCCCCCCUUCCCCCCCCCAAAAAAAAAAGCAAACCGAGGCGAAAUUCCAUAGGUGACUCCCCCCUCCACAAAAGACACACACAAUUUAUUAGCCUCUAAUGUUUGACGUAAACCCUGGUCUGUCCCCAGCUUCGCCCACCCCCCCCCCCCUUUCGCUGUUAGAAUUGAGUUUGAUCAUCGUGUUACAACUUAUCAUAGGUGACUCCCCCCUCCACAAAAGACACACACAAUUUAUUAGCCUCUAAUGUUUGACGUAAACCCUGGUCUGUCCCCAGCUUCGCCCACCCCCCCCCCCUUUCGCUGUUAGAAUUGAGUUUGAUCAUCGUGUUACAACUUACAAAGCCCAUUGGCUGCUAUUAAAAAAAACGCUAUUGAUAGUAGUGAUCAUAAUGCUAUUGAUAGUCAUACACGCUUUGACACGCCUAUUUGUAAAAGCUAUUGGCACGCCUAUGUGUAAACUCUAUUGACACGCCUAUUUGUAAAAGCUAUUGGCACGCCUAUGUGUAAACUCUAUUGACACGCCUAUUUAUAAAAGCUAUUGACACGUUUCAUUUAUUGAUCAGAUCCAAGAACUCCAGGAGCGUCUCAACAACGCUCUUCAGUUAAGCCGAGAAAAAGAUGAGAAAAUUUCUCAGCUCGAGGAUGAGAUCCAGAAUUUGAGAUCCGUUGGUGUACAGCAGGGGAAUCCCCAUACUGCUCUAGACCCCAGGCCGGCUGACCAAAGUGCCCACGAAGACAGCCAAGAUCUGAGCGUGAAAUCUAAAACGUGUACAGUCAUGUAGAUAAGUGGGCAACCAUAAGUGGGUCAACCUUGCCUUACACAAAAUACUCAUUACAUAUUAUCAAUAAAUAUUAAUACCACCGUUAUUAUUGUUAUUAGAUCUUUAGUCUCCAUUAUACUUUUGCAUGACGUCAUAAUCUCUUAGUAUUGCCAUAAUUCUUGUAUUAUAAUUUUUAAUUGAUUUAUUGCUACUGUAACAUGGUAAUGUUUUAUCCAUGCUACUAAUUAAACUCAAACUUAAAUUCAACCAAUC